GGAAAUAAUGACGUCAUGACAUGAUGUCUUGAGGUUUUAAGGCGCAGGCGAGAGGUGAAUGCCAAUGGAGUGAUACAUCGAGAAGUUGUUGCAAUAACUUGUUCCCGGAUUUUGGAUCGUACAUUUUGGUGGAUCUCUUCGUUUGAUGCGAUUGAGUUAGGGGCGAUCGUACAUUGUUGAAAAGGAGAAGCUGAAGUAAUCAGUUCAUUUUUCCUGCUCGUUUUUUCUUUGAUGCAGAGUAAAUAUUAAUACGUGACAAUAUGUCUGAUCAUUUUGGAACAAUUGCUCCGAAAUGGGAUCCAAAAAACUUGGAGAUACGGACUAUGUCCGUGGAGAAGACACUGGAACCGCUGGUGUUGCAAGUCACCACAUUGGUGAAUACAAAAGGUCCUAGCAAGAAGAAGAAGGGAAAGUCAAAGAGGGCUAGUGCGCUUGUUGGUACUGUGGAAAAGGCAACUGCUAAUUUUAUUGAGAAAGGCGAAAAGAUUGCAUAUGAAAAUCCAGAUAUUACAGCAGAAAUGCUAAGUGCUGUGGAGGAAGUGAGAAAAACAGGGACAGCAAUGAGCAUUGCUGCCAGAGAAUUUUCCGAGGAUCCAUGUUCAUCAUUAAAACGAGGCAACAUGGUUCGCGCUGCGAGAAAUCUGUUAUCGGCGGUGACGCGUUUGCUUAUUUUAGCGGAUAUGGUAGACGUCCAUCUUCUUUUGAAAUCAUUGUAUGUCGUGGAGGACGAUUUGAAGAAGUUGAAGAACGCUUCUUCACAGGGAGAAUUAAUACAGAAUAUUAAGGAAUUUGGCCGAAACGCUGCCGAAUUGAUUCAUCAGGCGGCAAAGCGUCAGUAUGAGUUGAAAGAUCCGCAGCUCAGAGAUGAUUUGGCCGCCGCUCGGGCCGUUUUGAAGAAGCAUUCUACUAUGUUGCUCACUGCAUCAAAGGUGUACGUGCAGCAUCCCGAUCUCGCAGCGGCCAAAGCAAAUCGCGAUUAUGUACUAAAGCAAGUGUGUGAGGCCGUAAAUACAAUAAACGAUGUUGCUCAAGGAAAAACGCCACCCGACAGCCAGCAUCCUUAUGAUGGCCCGGGUGAAUUGGCCGCCGCAUUGGAUGAUUUUGACGAGAGAAUGGUGAUGUCGCCGCUUGCGUACAACGAGGUUCGCACACGACCGAGCCUCGAGGAGAGAUUAGAGAGCAUUAUCAGUGGUGCCGCAUUGAUGGCGGAUUCGUCGUGCACUCGGGACGAACGCAGAGAGCGCAUCGUCGCCGAAUGUAAUGCAGUUAGACAGGCCCUCCAGGAUCUUCUGAGUGAAUACAUGAACAACUUACAGCGCGCUCGGGGUGGGAGACGGAUGGGUGUUAAAGAACAAUCCGAGGGCUUGGAAAGAGCGAUAGAUCAUAUGUGCAGGAAGACCCGUGAUCUUCGCAGACAAUUGCGUAAAGCUGUGGUGGAUCAUGUAUCAGACAGUUUUCUGGAAACAAGCGCACCGUUACAAGCUUUGUAUGAAGCUGCGGAGAAAGGUUGGGUCAAAGAAGUGGAAGAAUAUGCGCUCAUUUUCACAGAGCACGCGAAUAAGCUAGUGGAGGUUGCCAAUUUGGUAUGCAGUAUGUCUAACAAUGAAGAUGGCGUAAAAAUGGUUCGUUACGCUGCAGCGCAAAUCGAGAAUUUGUGCCCGCAAGUUAUUAAUGCAGCGCGUGUAUGGGCCGCAAGAAAUUCGGAUGUUGCAAAAGAAAACAUGAAGGUGUUCCGCCAAGCGUGGGAGAAUCAAAUGCGCGUACUGACGGAGGCCGUGGAUGACAUCACUACGAUCGACGAUUUCUUGGCGGUUUCUGAAAAUCACAUUUUGGAUGAUGUCAAUAAGUGCGUUCUGGCAUUGCAAGUACGUCCCGGUGAUGCUGAUACCCUGGACAGACACGCGGGUGCGAUACUGGGCCGCUCCGCCAGGGUAUGCAAUGUUGUGCAGGCCGAGAUGGACAAUUACGAACCAUGCAUCUAUACCAAACGAGUCCUCGAGGCAGUGAAAGUUCUUAGAAAACAAGUGAUGCCCAACUUUGAGCAACGAGUGGAAGAGGCCGUGAACGCGCUGCGCAGUAAUCCAGCACAGGAGGUGGAUGAGAAUGACUUCAUUGAUGCAUCUAGAUUGGUGUAUGAUGGAGUUCGCGAGAUCAGACGAGCUGUGCUUAUGAAUAGGGCGGAUGAAGAUCUGGAUCCCGAGGAUGUGGAAUUGGAUGAGCAUUACACACUGGAAACGCGUAGCAAAUCUAGCGCUCAAACCGGCGAACAUGGCGUGGAUGAGUACCCGGAGAUCAGCGGUAUCACAACUGCUCGUGAAGCAAUGCGGAAAAUGCCAGAGGAGGACAAGCAGAAGAUCUUGCAGCAAGUCGAGUAUUUUAAAAGCGAGAAGCUCAAGUUCGACAAGGAGGUAGCAAAGUGGGAUGACGCUGGCAAUGAUAUCAUCGUUCUCGCUAAACAUAUGUGCAUGAUUAUGAUGGAGAUGACAGAUUUUACUCGCGGUCGUGGUCCUUUGAAGACGACGAUGGAUGUUAUAAACGCAGCAAAGAAGAUCUCCGAAGCUGGCACGAAAUUGGAUAAGUUGACGAGACAGAUCGCUGAUCAGUGCCCGGAAAGUUCCACGAAAAAGGAUCUUCUUGCUUAUUUGCAACGUAUAGCACUUUACUGUCAUCAGAUGAAUAUCACAAGUAAAGUAAAGGCAGAUGUGCAAAAUAUUAGCGGUGAAUUGAUCGUUUCUGGCCUAGAUAGUGCAACCUCUCUUAUACAAGCUGCCAAAAAUUUGAUGAACGCUGUCGUGCUUACCGUUAAGGCUUCCUAUGUUGCAUCGACGAAGUACCCACGACAAUCCACGGUAACGUAUUCUCCUAUCGUCAUAUGGAAGAUGAAAGCACCGGAGAAAAAACCAUUAGUUCGUCCCGAGAGACCAGAAGAAGUGCGGGCGAAAGUGCGUAAAGGUUCGCAAAAAAAAGUACAGAAUCCUAUACACGCACUCUCAGAAUUUCAGAGUCCUACCGAGAGCGUAUAAGUUCUCUAGAUGUAACUAAACAAGAAUAAAAAUAAUGUUAUACACUCGUAUUCUGUUACAAUAGUUGUAAUCUGUUAUGUUCUAUCAAGGUAAUAACACGAAGAUGGAGCAUUUCUAGGAUAUCAAAUAAGGUCUUGAAUCCGAUUUGAUCCGAGAAAUGAUCUUUCUUCAUGUCUAUUAUCUUGUUAAUCAUACGUAAUGAAUUACAAAUAUUGUAACAAAACAAAGAUGUAACGGUAAUGUAUUACUAUACAGCUUUCAAUAGAUGAGAGGCCAACAAGAUGUUUUAUUUUCGAUGAAGUUUAACAUGCGAAGGAUAUCGAUUAAUCAUAAUGCGAUAUACUACGUAUGAGUAUUCAAAUAGUUAUUAGUUUAAUCGUGAAAACAGUAAUCAAGUAUACAAAUGAACAUAUAAUCCUGAUAGAUAAAAACAAAAUUUUGAAGAAGAUUAUGAAUAAAAAAAGGCUGAGUACACAUAUAUCUCCAAUCUUACAGGGGCACAAUUAAUGAUAAUGAUUUUAUGUUACACAUCAUAUUUAUUUAUAAAUUGAUGAUUUAUAAUUGUUUUUAUAUAUUUAAAUUUUUAUUUUAUAGAAUCCUUGACAUUUAGACUUUUCAAGCUGUAAGAAUAACAUGUAUAUCUUAUUCAAGCAACAAUUUAUAAAAGUCCCGACUUCCUGUCUACUAAUAUUUAGUUUCCGAUGACAAAAUAUAAUAAAUUUUUUUAUAUUAUUUUUAUA